ACAGCUGGCAAUUUACAGACAAUAACGCUGUAAGGAGUAAUUGGCUGCUAGGUGGACCGCUGUCCCACAAAUUGGACCCGCGUUUGAUGGAGGACAUGAACUAGCACAAAUCCUGGAAUAUUGAUCCAUCGUUUUCACUUCUGGGGUUCAGUUUGUGAAUCUCUGGAUCACCACAGCUGAGGACCCAGCUCCCCCCUCUCCACUGGAACCGUUAUAACCUCCUCAUACUGGAAACAUAAGCUGAAAUAAUGGAGAAGUCAAGACACAGGCAAAAGUUAGCAUUCAGCUUUCUGUUAGGAUUGUGGUUACCUUGCUGUUUGGCCCAGACCACACCUUCGAACGCAGCCACUCGGACACCCACGCGGGCAGCCACGCCGUCACCCACACCGUCCCCGUCCCCCCAGACUGAGCGGCUAAAGGUCAGACUGGCGGGAUAUCCCCGAAAACACAACGAGGGCCGGAUAGAGCUUUUCUACAAGGGGGAGUGGGGAACCAUCUGUGAUGACGACUUCUCAAUAAUUAACGCCCACGUUCUCUGUCGCCAACUGGGCUUCGUCGAAGCCACAGGAUGGACGCACAGCGCCAAGUAUGGCAAGGGACAAGGGAAAAUCUGGCUGGACAACGUGCAGUGUGGCGGAGGUGAGAAGAGCAUCGAACUCUGCAGGUCUCGCGGCUGGGGCAACAGUGACUGCACUCACGACGAGGACGCCGGAGUCGUGUGCAAAGACGAGAGGAUUCCUGGCUUUGUGGACUCAAACGUUAUUGAGGCUCAACUCGCUGAGAACAAAGUAGAGGAGGUGCGACUCAGGUCGGUGGUCGCCGUGUCCAGGAAGAAGCUGCCCGUCACGGAGGGCGUGGUGGAGGUGAGAUACAAAGACGGCUGGGCGCAGAUCUGUGACGUGGGAUGGACCAUCAAAAACACGCGUGUGGUCUGCGGCAUGCUGGGAUUCCCACAUGAGAGGAAAGUCAACAGGAACUUCUACAAGUUGUAUUUGGAGCGUCAGAAGAACAUUUUCCACAUUCACUCUGUGGCGUGUACAGGCACCGAGGUCCACCUGGCAGCCUGCCCGCUGGAGUUCAGCAAACAAAACGCGACAUCGACCUGCGCGGGUGGCAUGCCGGCCGUCGUCAGCUGCAUGCCGGGGCCACUGUUCAUGCAAAACAGCGGCAUGAAAAAGAAACUUAAGACUUCGAGCAAUGUGAGGCUGAAGGGAGGAGCCAAGCUGGGCGAAGGUCGGGUGGAAGUGCUGAAAGACAACGAGUGGGGGACGGUGUGUGAUGAUCGCUGGAACCUGCAGUCGGCCAGCGUCAUCUGCAGGGAGCUCGGCUUCGGCAGCGCCAAGGAGGCUCUCACUGGAGCUCGCAUGGGACAAGGAAUGGGUCCGAUCUACAUGAACGAGGUGAAGUGCGUCGGCACGGAGAAGUCCAUCUGGAACUGCCCCUUUAAAAACAUCACGUUGGAGGACUGUCAACACAUGGAGGACGCCGCCGUCCGCUGCAACGUCCCCCAGAUGGGCCUCGAGCACUCGAUCCGACUCACAGGAGGACGGACUCGUUACGAGGGUCGUGUGGAGGUGCUGGGAUUAGACUCUAACGGGACGGAGAGCUGGGGUCUGAUCUGUGGAGAGACCUGGACCACCAGGGAGGCCAUGGUGGCCUGCAGGCAGCUGGGUCUGGGCUACGCUAACCAGGGCCUGAAAGAAACGUGGUACUGGGACAGCAGCAAUGUGACGGAGAUGGUCAUGAGCGGCGUCAAGUGCACGGGAAGCGAGAUGUCUCUGAGCCAGUGUCAGCAUCACAAAACGGUCAGCUGCCAGAAAGCAGCGGCAAAGUUUUCAGCGGGAGUAAUCUGCUCUGAGACGGCGUCUGACCUCGUCCUGAACGCCUCUCUGGUGCAGCAGACGGUUUACAUCGAGGAUCGCCCUCUGCACAUGCUCUACUGCGCCGCCGAGGAGGACUGCCUGUCAAAGUCUGCAGCUAAAGCCAACUGGCCGUACGGACACCGACGCCUGCUGCGCUUCUCCUCCCAGAUCCACAACAUCGGCCGGGCCGACUUCAAACCGAAGGCCGGGCGCCAUUCGUGGGUCUGGCACGCCUGCCACGGCCACUAUCACAGCAUGGAUAUUUUCACACACUACGACCUGCUCAACUCCAACGGCAGCAAAGUGGCCGAAGGACACAAAGCCAGCUUCUGUCUGGAGGACACAGACUGUCAGGAGGGUGUUUCUAAACGGUACGAGUGCGCCAACUUUGGCGAUCAGGGCAUCACUGUGGGCUGCUGGGAUCUGUACCGCCACGACAUCGACUGCCAGUGGAUCGACGUCACAGACGUCAAACCUGGAAACUACAUUCUGCAGAUUGUGAUCAAUCCAAAUCACGAAGUUGCCGAGAGCGACUUCACCAACAACGCCAUGAAAUGUAACUGCAAGUAUGACGGCCAUCGAAUCUGGCUGCAUAACUGCCACACAGGUGAUGCGUUCAGUGAGGAGGCAGAGAGGAGGUUUGAGAAAUACCCCGGACAGCUGAACAACCAGAUUCCUUAAUAAUUUCACAACAAAUAUGAAACCCAGAAUCAGGGGGGUUAAAUAAAUAAAAACACGCCUCACGAGCUCUAAAAGCUUUUUGUUUUCAGGUACCAAAGUGGAUUAUUUAGAGCGAAGCCAACCAUGUGUUCCUGCAGUGAAUGUGUUUUUAUAUCAGAGCUGUUAUACUUGAAUAUUCAAGUGCAAAUGUUUUAUUUCUUUUCUCAGUCUAAUGUGAGCUAAUGCUUUAUUUUUUAUUACAAAUAGUUCUGAGUGAUAUUAAAGUUGUGAAUGAGGAGUUAUUUUUUAUUUUUUAUAACCAGUUUGGAGAGAGGUUUGAAACUACCUGAGGUGUUCACAUCAGCUCAAACACGUUCGGAGGCACGAACAGGAGGAGGAGCAGCUCCGCGGACGUCUCACUGGUCCCGAGUGGGACUUCAUACCGGGUGUGAUGGACAGAAGACGUGAGACUCAGGUGCUUCGAGAGUAAAACGUGACACGGAAAAAGGUUUUUACAUCAAAAAGAGUUCACUGAGACAGUUUUGCCUCCACAGUUACAAUAUUUGUGAAUGUAUUUAUUGCUUAUAUGAAGGUGCUCAAGAUGACUUUUUUGUUGGUUUUGUUGUCAGUCUGAAUCAUCUGUAGCUUUAGUCUUUAUGUAUUAUUAAUAGUCAUUUAGGGCCAGAACAUAGAUGCUACAAAAAACUACAAUAACCCUCACGAAUUUCUGUAUGUAUGCUGAUGUAAUCACACCCGCCAAUAAAACAGAUA